AUGGAAAAUGAAAAAGAAAAUGUCAUUCAAGCAGUGGUUAUUAUGGAUUUAUUUAAUAAUAAUUUCAAUCCUAUAACCAAUAAGAAACCUAUGGGACUCUUUCCAGUUGCAGGGGUACCGCUAAUUGAUUAUGUAUUAGACUCUUUAGUAUCAGGAGGUGUUGGAGAAGCUAUACUGUUUUGCUGUCAUGACAGCUUAAAAAUAAAAGAUCACGUAAAGAAGAGUAAAGAACAGAAAGUGCCAUGGACUUCUAUGUUGGAUGUGCAAAUAUUUUCUUCUGAUACUUGCCAGACUAUGGGAGAUGUAAUGAGAGAAAUAGAUGCAGCAAGUUUAGUCCGAGGCUACUUUAUUCUUCUUGGAAUAAAUUCAAUAACAAAUAUGAAUUUUUCUGCAUUAUUAGAACAACAUAAACAAACAUGUAAGAAAGAUAAAGGAGCAGCUAUGACUUUGGUUUAUAAAGAAGUUGCAUGGGAGCAUCCUUUGAUAAGCAACGAUGAAACUCUUCUAUUGGCAGCUGAUGGAAGAACUCAUAAAAUUUUGAUGCAUCAGAAAUAUAAACCGAAAUCAAGUGAAACUAUGUUUUCUUUACCUUUAGAGUGUGUAUUGCAUCAUUCUGAAGUCCAAUUACAUCAUAAUUUGGUAGAUGCCAAUAUAGCACUUUGUUCACCUUCAGUUCCACCUCUUUUUUCUGAUAAUUUUGAUUUCCAAACAAGAAAUGAUUUUAUCCAUGGAAUUUUGAUAAAUGAGGAUAUUUUAGCUAGUUCCUUAUAUUACACUUUAUUGAAAGGAAAUCAAUAUGCAGCAGCAAUAACAAAUUGGAAAACUUAUCAAACUGUCUGUUGGGAUAUAUUGCACAACUGGGUCUAUCCAAUUACCAUUGAAAGUGGGUCAUUUUAUAAAAACAAUUACAUGUAUAUGGGUAAUCAUAUAUUUAGGAAAACCAAUUCAACACUUAGCAGAUCUUGCACACUAGUAGAAGAUGUACUUAUUGGGUCACGAACUCAUAUAAGUGACAUGUCCUGCAUUUCGAAAUCUAUGAUUGGUGAUAAUUGUACCAUUGGAAAUAAUGUGGUUAUUCAAGGCAGUCAUAUAAUGAAUAAUGUUGUUAUCAAGGAUAAUUGUAAAAUUCUGAACUGUUUUAUUGAUGUUGGAUGCACAAUUGAAGAAAAUUCUAAUUUACAAGGAGUUAUAGCUUCAGAUUGUGUUUGUGUAAAAUCUGGAAGUCAACUUAAAGGAAAUAUUCUUGAAGAGUUAAAAAGUAAUGCUGAACACACACCAGUAUCAGAAAAUGCUACAGAAUGGGAGAAUGAAUCAUCAAAAGAUGGAGAUGAUGAAUUUAUUGGUUUUGAAAAAGAAUGGAGUGAUAGUGAGUCAUGUUACUCUUCUGACAGCAGUGCUGAAUCUUCUUUACCUGAUUCACCUGUUCCAGAAGAUACCAACAUAUUCCUUCAAGAAGUAAUAGAUAGUUUAGCAAGAGGAUAUGAAGAAAGUCUAAAGUGCGACUAUCUCAUUUUAGAAAUAAAUUCAUCAAGAUAUGCCUACAAUAUUCAAUUACAUGAAGUAAACUUCUUUGUUAUUAGAGCUCUGCUUAGUAUGCCAGCUUUAGUUUCUAGCAAGAGCGUGCUAGUUACUCUUAAAGAUAUUUUAAAAUUCUUCCGCCCAGUCCUAGCAAACUACAUCAAGACAAAAUCUUCAAUUAUGGAUUGCUUGAGAGCUGUUGAAGACAGUUGCAUUAACAAUGAAUGGCUCUCUGGAAAAGCUGGCCAAGUAGUCCAUUUACUAUAUGAAACUGAUGUUGUAGAUGAAGACUCAUUGUUGGAAUGGUAUGAAGACUUAAAAGACUUUGAAAGCCCAAUAAUUGCACAAACUUCAUUAGUAAAAUUCUUUGCUUGGUUACAACAAGCAAGUGAGGAAAGUGAGGAAUCUGAG